CGCCGUCGGCUGCUGGAGGUUCCUUCGUGGGGCCCUGUGAGCGAUUGAGGGAGCCCGAUACUUCGCCGGUUUGCUUCAUAGCUAAUGACAGCAUCCCAGGCACAGCUCGCUGCUGAGGAGGCCCGGCCCAGGAUGUCGGCCGUGGAAGCGCUGAUCCCGGUGCUGAACAAGCUGCAGGACGUGUUCAGCACGGUGGGCUCGGACGCCAUCCAGCUGCCGCAGAUCGUGGUGGUGGGCUCGCAGAGCUCGGGCAAGAGCUCGGUGCUGGAGAGCCUGGUGGGCCGGUCGUUCCUGCCGCGCGGCGUAGGCAUCGUGACACGCUGCCCGCUGGUGCUGCAGCUGGUGCACACGCCGCUGUCGGACCGCGAGCACCGCUCGGCCGAGGAUGGCACGCUGGACGUGCCCGAGUUUGGCCGCUUCCUGCACACCAAGCGCGUCUUCAAGGACCUGGAUGAGGUGCGCAAAGAGAUCGAGGUCGAGACGGACAAGCGCGCCGGCACCAACAAGGGCAUAUGCCCGGAGCCCAUCAGCCUCAAGAUCUUCUCGCCGAACGUGGUGAACCUGACGCUGGUGGACCUGCCCGGCCUCACCAAGGUGCCCGUCGGCGACCAGCCCGAGGACAUUGACUCGCAGAUCCAGGAGCUGCUCGUCAAGUACAUCACCAACCCGAACUCCAUCAUCCUGGCGGUGACGGCGGCCAACAUCGACAUGUCAACGGCCGAGAGCCUCAAGUUCGCGCGUGAGGUGGACCCGGACGGCCGCCGCACUCUGGCCGUCAUCACCAAGCUGGACCUGAUGGACGCCGGCACCGACGCCAUCGACAUGCUCUGCGGCAAGGUGGUGCCCGUCAAGCUGGGCAUCAUCGGCGUCGUCAACCGGUCGCAGCACGACAUCCAGAAGAACAAGAGCAUCGAAGACGCCAUCCGUGACGAGACGGCCUUCCUGCAGCGCAAGUACCCGUCGCUGGCGGCGCGCAACGGCUCGCAGUACCUGGGCAAGACGCUGAACCGCCUGCUCAUGCACCACAUCCGCGACUGCCUACCCGACCUGAAGACGCGCGUCAACGUGAUGGCGUCGCAGUUCCAGUCGCUGCUGAACUCGUACGGCGAGGACGUGUCGGACAAGGCGCGCACGCUGCUGCAGAUCAUCACCAAGUUCGCGUCGGCCUACUGCCAGACAAUCGAGGGCACGGCGCGCAACAUCGAGACGACGGAGCUGUGCGGCGGCGCGCGCAUCUGCUACAUCUUCCACGAGACGUUCGGCCGCGUGCUCGACUCGAUCCACCCGCUGACCGGGCUCACGUCGAUGGACAUACUGACGGCCAUCCGCAACGCCACGGGGCCGCGGCCGGCGCUCUUCAUACCGGAGGUGUCGUUCGAACUGCUGGUGAAGCGUCAGAUCUCCCGGCUGGAGGAGCCGUCACUGCGCUGCGUGGAGCUGGCGCACGAGGAGAUGCAGCGCAUCAUCCAGCACUGCGGCACCGAGGUGCAGCAGGAGAUGCUGCGCUUCCCCAAGCUUCACGAGCGCAUCGUGGAGGUGGUGACGCAGCUGCUGCGCGUGCGCCUGCCGCCCACCAACCAGAUGGUGGAGAACCUGGUGCAAAUCGAGCUGGCCUACAUCAACACCAAGCACCCGGACUUCCACAAGGACGCGGCGCUAGUGUCGUCGCUGAUCAAGAACGCCGAGGAGGACUGCAGGCCGCGGCAUCGGCCCUCGCGGCCGGCGCCGCCCGCCGCUGGCGGCGGCCAGGUAGCGCUGCUCAAGCCGGCCGACGACGAGCCACCGCGCAACCGGCUGGUCAAAUACUCGAGCGACUCGCAGGUGGCCAACAGCAACUGGCUGGCGCAGCUUUUGCCGUCGCGCGGCGAGGAGAGCGGCGCCGGCUCCGCAGAGAGCACGCCGCCCGUCACGCCGCAGCACCAGGGCCGCGGCGACGCGCCAGCGCAGCCGCCGCCGCCGCCGCAGUCGCAGCAGCAGCCCUCCACGCCCGGCAAGCCGGUGAACCUGCUGCCGGAGGUGCCGUCGCAGCCGGGCCGCAAGCUGACGGAGCGCGAGCAGCGCGACUGUGAGGUGAUUGAGCGCCUGAUCAAGUCCUACUUCUACAUCGUGCGCAAGUCGAUCCAGGACACGGUGCCGAAGGCCGUCAUGCAUUUCCUGGUGAACUACGUCAAAGACAACGUGCAGUCGGAGCUGGUGUCGAAGCUGUACAGCCCGAGCGAGAUCGACACGCUGCUCUCGGAGUCGCCGCACAUCGCGCAGCGGCGCCGCGAGAGCGCCGAGAUGCUGCGCGCCCUGCAGCGCGCCAGCACCAUCAUCAGCGAGGUGCGCGAGACGCAUGUGUGGUAGUGCCGCGCGCGCCGUCGCGUGUCAUCCGGGGACGCGCCGGCUCGUAGGUGGUCUAGUCGCUGGGGCGGGCGGCGGGGCGGCCCGACCCCGGCCGCAGCGGGUUCUGGUUGUUACUGCGCGCUCGGCCGGCCGGGCUCCCGGUCUGAUGCACACCCGGCCACUGCGGGGCGGCUGUGUUGGCGUAUUCGUGUAUUCGGGCCUAGUAUUAGGGUCGACUGUACGCGCUCUUUCCGUUGUUGUGCUGCGACUCCCCGAUCUUUGCUAAGGACGGUUUUGGGGGUUGUUUGUGCCGUGAGUGCGCGAGCCUGCUCGUCCCCUUCUUCAGGUGUGGGCGCAAUGCUAACGAAAGUGGUCCAGCCCCGGCCGGCCGCAUUUUCUAUGGGGGAAGGCGUUUGACCGUCUGCGGAAUGAGUGCAUGUACAGCCGCCUGCUGCGAUACUCAUGCUGUACAGCCACGGGAUCAGACGCUUCAGCUCGACCAUGCAAGUGAGAUGUGUAUUUGAACCGUUUGGUUACAAUGGUGUGGCCAUGACAUUGCCUGCGAAAGGUAUGGAACAUAUGCACAAAUCUGGCCGCGGGAGGAGAGCUGGUGUGCUCGUGCUGCGUGUGCCCGGCCUCGCGCUGGCGUGCUGUAGGGUACGAGUGCUAGCUGUACGUUAGUAUCAGUCGCAGGUAGCUGUUGUGCACCUUGACCACUUGACCCGUCUGUGGCUGAACUAGGGCGAACAAUAAUAACUCAAAAGCA